UAGUAACGAGAAAUCAUCGUUUCUCGUUCCAGCUCUAGUUAGUAAUAAACGAAAGUUAGUGAUUUUCACAGAAAAUAAGUUGAUUUAAUUAUAUCCCAAUUUAAAAAUCCAGCUUUUAAUUUAGUUUAGUUUUAAACAGCGUCUGGCAACAGAUCGAAAUUUUAAAUUCAAAAACCCGAACACUGAUUCGCCAAGAUUCCGGCCACAGCUCCCAGGACGAGAGCCGCCAAACGACGCCACCUGGACAGCAGCAGCAAUCCCCCGUCGCCCGCGCAGGAUCCGCCACACAGGGUCAUAGCCACUUCCUCCAGCUCAGCGCCUCUGCAGGCACAGCAUCCUCCAGUGGGAGAAGGCAAGAGGUCUUUGCCACCCCCCACCGUCACCGCCGCUAAAAUGAACCGCUCCAGCAAUGCCCAGACCACACAAAAGCUCGUUAACCUGGACGACAUUUGGAGAGAACUGGUCGAGGGCAUCCUUCAGGUAUUUGAGCACGAGAAGUCCCUCACCCGCAGCCAGUACAUGCGAUUCUACACGCACGUAUACGACUACUGCACUAGCGUAAACGCUGCGCCCAGCGGUCGGAGCAGCGGGAAGACCGGAGGAGCACAGCUAGUGGGCAAGAAGCUCUACGACCGGCUGGAGGCCUUCCUCAAAUCAUACCUGAGCGAACUGCUUACCAAGUUUAAGGCCAUCAGUGGCGAGGAGGUGCUCCUGUCACGGUACACCAAGCAGUGGAAGUCGUAUCAGUUCUCCAGCACCGUGCUGGACGGCAUCUGCAACUACCUAAACCGCAAUUGGGUAAAACGCGAGUGCGAAGAGGGUCAGAAGGGCAUCUACAAGAUCUACCGCCUGGCUCUUGUUGCCUGGAAAGGACAUUUGUUCUUGGUGCUCAACGAGCCCGUCACCAAAGCAGUGCUCAAGUCCAUCGAGGAGGAACGCCAAGGCAAGCUCAUUAACCGGUCGCUGGUGCGCGACGUCAUCGAGUGCUAUGUUGAGCUCAGCUUUAGUGAGGAGGACGCCGAUGGCGAUCAGCAAAAGCUGUCUGUGUACAAGGACAACUUUGAGAGCAAGUUUAUCGCUGACACGUAUGCCUUUUACGAAAAGGAGUCGGACGCGUUCCUGUCCACCAACACGGUGACCGAGUAUCUUAAGCACGUCGAGAACCGGCUAGAGGAGGAGAAACAGCGCGUGCGCGGCCUGAACUCUAAAAACGGACUCUCCUAUCUGCACGAGACCACGGCGGAAUGUCUCAAGUCCACAUGCGAGCAGGUUCUUAUUGAAAAGCAUCUGAAGAUAUUCCACACCGAGUUCCAGAAUCUGCUCAACGCAGAUCGAAACGAUGAUCUAAAACGGAUGUACUCGCUGGUCGCCCUCUCGCCCAAAAACCUAACAGAUCUUAAGUCCAUUCUUGAGAACCAUAUACUCCACCAGGGCACUGAGGCCAUUGCCAAGUGCUGCACCACCGACGCGGCCAACGAUCCCAAGACCUACGUCCAGACCAUCCUGGAUGUGCAUAAGAAGUACAACGCUCUCGUGCUGACGGCGUUUAACAAUGACAACGGAUUCGUGGCCGCCUUGGACAAGGCAUGUGGCAAGUUCAUCAACUCUAACGUGGUGACGACAGCCAACAGUGCCAGCAAGUCGCCCGAGCUGCUGGCAAAGUACUGCGACCUGCUGCUUAAGAAGUCCUCAAAAAAUCCCGAGGACAAGGAGCUUGAGGACAAUCUUAACCAGGUCAUGGUCGUGUUUAAAUAUAUCGAGGAUAAGGACGUCUUCCAAAAAUAUUACUCCAAGAUGCUGGCCAAGCGUCUGGUGAACCACACAUCGGCUUCGGACGAUGCCGAGGCCAUGAUGAUCUCCAAGCUGAAGCAGACGUGUGGAUACGAGUACACCGUUAAGCUGCAGCGAAUGUUCCAAGACAUUGGUGUCUCGAAGGACCUGAACUCGAACUUUAAAGAGUAUCUGGCCAGCAAGAACGUUACAAUGGAAAUUGACUUUGGAAUUGAGGUCCUGUCUUCGGGCUCAUGGCCCUUCCAGUUGAACAAUAACUUCCUGCUUCCCUCUGAGCUGGAGCGUUCAGUGCGACAGUUCAACGAGUUCUACGCCGCCCGCCACUCCGGUCGAAAGCUUAACUGGCUGUAUCAAAUGUGCAAGGGCGAGCUGAUCAUGAACGUUAACCGCAAUAACUCCUCAACCUACACUCUGCAGGCCAGCACCUUCCAGAUGUCGGUGCUGCUCCAGUUUAAUGACCAGCUCAGCUUCACGGUCCAACAACUGCUGGACAACACACAGUCACAGCAGGAGAACUUAAUUCAGGUAUUGCAAAUAUUGCUGAAGGCUAAGGUGCUGACUUCCAGCGGCAAUGAAAACUCGCUAACGCCUGAGUCGACGGUAGAAUUGUUCCUGGACUACAAGAACAAGAAGCGCCGCAUUAACAUUAUCCAGCCGCUGAAGACUGAACUUAAAGUGGAGCAGGAGACUGUACAUAAGCACAUAGAGGAGGACCGGAAAUUGCUGAUUCAGGCGGCGAUCGUUCGCAUUAUGAAGAUGCGCAAGCGACUCAAUCACACCAAUCUCAUUUCGGAGGUGCUUAACCAGCUGUCGACGCGCUUUAAGCCCAAGGUGCCCGUGAUCAAGAAGUGCAUAGACAUCCUGAUCGAGAAGGAGUAUCUGGAGCGGAUGGAGGGACACAAAGACACAUAUAGUUAUCUCGCUUAAGUUUAUGUUAAAUGUAAUACGUUCGCUGUUUCAUCUAUGCCAGCCAUUAAAAUAUCAUCAAUAUACUUA